AUGCUAAUCGUUGUUUUGCUCGGGCUCACUCGGCGAGGGCUUUAAAAAGCGGAGCGGAGCCGAGCGGCGGAGGCGGACGGAGGCCCGGGAGCCCGCUUUUUGUGCUUUCGCUAUUGUCACCGUCGUCGUCCCCACUGUGAUGUCGGGCGUGGGCCUUCCGAGCCAGGCCUGGGCCCUGGAGCAGCAGCAGCAGCAGCAGCAGCAGCAGCAGCAGGCGCCGCACCACCGGUGGAGUGGCUGCUUCGUGCCGGUGUCCGCGCCCAGGACGGGGGCCUGCCGCAGCCUCUUCGGCCCCGUGGACCACCAGGAGCUCCGGCGGGAGCUGGAGGGGCAGCUGCGGGCCAUGCGCGAGGAGGGGCGCCGCCGGUGGGAGUACGACUUCCAGAGCGGGAGGCCCCUGGCGCUCCUGGGCCCCGAGGGAGGCGGAGGGCGCUUCCUCUGGGAGGAGGUCGACGCCCGGGACGUCCCCGCCUUCUACCGGGAGGCCCUUCUGCCCAGAGGAGGCGGCGGCGGCGGCGCGGGGGCGCCCCUGCUACGGACCACGACGGAGGAGGAGGAGAAGAGCCCAGGAGGAGGAGGAGGAGCCCCCUCGGAGCCCCCUUCCCCGCUCAGCCCCCGGGACAAGGGCCCCGAAGAGCCCCCGGAGGAGGAGGAGGAGGAGGAGCAGCGGCUGGACCGGGAGAACCACCGAGGCUUAGCUCCGCUCCGCAGCUACUCUGGGAUUCUCCUCAAAGGUCCCCUGAAGCGGGCAGCCGCCCCCAGCCUCCCCCGCAUCACAGAUUUCUAUGCCAAGCGGAAAAAAGUGGCAGAUUUGCGAGUGGCCAUGGACCCCGCUGCCUUGCCAUCUUCUGUGGCAGCUUUGCCCACUGAGCAGACACCCCGAAAAAGGCUCCGAUGAAAGAGAUUUUGCACUAUAGGACACCGAAGUGAUUGUUUCCUUGGAAACGCCAGAGCUGGAGAGAGGCCCCUUCCUCCCCACAUGUCAAAGGGACUGGGAGAGAAGGAGACCACAGUGGCGGGAAGAAGAGUUACCUGGUUUCCUAUUCAUUCUUCCUCUUCCAUUCGUCCCCCAGAAGGAACUGCUUGUACCUCCAUGUAGCAAAAGUGGCUGACUUGCAAGCCACCUGACGGAGCAGUGUUAAUUUACAACUGUGCAAUGUAUUAUGUUUUUUAUAUAUAUAAAAAAAAUGGAUUAUGCCUAAUGUGAGUACACUGGCCAGAAGUGUAAAAGCUUUAAAGUCACUUAUAUAAAUGUUUAAUCUCUGCUGAUUUCUCAGUGCAAAAAAAAAAUUGUAUAUUUGUAAAAAAGAAAUACAAACAACUUAAGAGUUCUACUAACUUAUAUUUUCUAUUUAUGUCAAAAGGUGGAUAACUUUGGUUGACACCUAGUAGUCUAUUCCGUGUUUUUUUCCCCUUAUUUGGUUAAGCCAAAGGGCACUAUAUAUUUGCUUUUUUGUUAUUUACAAAAAUGUAAAUUUAUUUUUAUAGUGGGGUUUUUUGCAUUCACAAAAUGUAGCUAUGAAUCAAAAUUACUUUAGUUAUUACUUGAAAAAAAUCUGGUAACAAUGGUUCCUGAGCCAGUCUGUACCACUGCCAUUGCAAAUUUAUUCCACAAUGUUAAAAUAAAAAGGAAUCAAAUCUCCAUGA